AUGUCUAGUGGCGCUAAUCUUGAGAUCGUCGAUGCCGCGAUGGCGCAUGCCGUCCCAGUACACAACGAUGUGCGAGCCAGCUCAAGUUUGGAAAAACAGGAAAAAUCUUUGAGAACCUCCGAGGAUCUUCUUGGACCCAAUGGCGAACAAUACCCUACAGAGGAAGAAUGGCAGACGCUUCGUAAAGUGUAUGGCAAGGUCAACUGGAUGAUCUAUAUUAUCGGCAUCGUGGAGAUGUGUGAGCGAUUUGCUUACUAUGGCACGACUGCAGUUUUUGUCAACUUCAUACAGAGGGAUCUGCCUACCACAGGCCCAUUCCCAGAAGCCGGUGCAGCUGGCGAUGGUCAGCCGGGUGCUUUGGGAAUGGGACAGCGUGCUAGCACUGGCCUCACUCAGUUCAACGCUUUCUUCUCAUACAUCAUGCCUCUAGUUGGUGGCUGGGUCGCAGAUGAGUAUUGGGGGAAGUUCAAAACCAUAUACUUUGCCAUCGGCGUUGCCACAGCUGGACACAUCUUGAUCAUCAUUGCCGCUAUACCUCAGGUCAUGGGACCAAAUCCAAACGGCGCACUUGCCUCAUUCAUUCUGGGGUUGAUCCUCUUCGGGACUGGUGUUGGCUUCUUCAAGUGUUGCAUCUCUCCGUUGAUUGCGGAGCAAUACGAGGCCAGUCAUCCCCGAGCUUAUAUUCGCACCGAGCCUAGUGGAGAACGUGUCAUCGUAGACCCGGGCAUCACCUACUCCCGAGUCUACAUGCGUUACUACCUGUUGAUCAAUGUUGGAGCGCUGAUCGGUCAAGUGUCUAUGGUCUAUGCUGAGAAAUAUGUCGGCUUCUGGCUCUCUUUUACGCUGCCGACAAUUCUUUUUGUCUUUUGCCCGCUUCUUAUGGUUUUGUUUAGCAAGCAUUACGUGAAGAAGCCUCCACAAGGAGAUGUCCUCGUCAAGUCCAUGAGGGUGUAUGGUUUGGUUUUGAAGGGCCGCUUCUCCAUGAAUCCUGUUCGGACAUGGAGGAACCUAUCGGAUCCGAACAUUUGGGACAGCGCGAAGCCAAGCAAGAUUACUAACAAGCCCGUAUGGAUGACCUUCGAUGAUGCCUGGGUCGAAGAAGUGCGACGUGGAAUCAAAGCAUGUCAAGUGUUCUUCUGGUUGCCAAUCUUUUGGCUACCGUACAGUCAAAUGACGAACAAUUUGGUCUCUCAAGCAUCGACCAUGAAACUGAACGGGGUACCAAACGACAUCAUUCACAACCUGAACCCUUUCACGUUGUUAAUUUGUAUUCCGAUCUUCGAUAAGUUGGUGUAUCCAAAGCUCGCUCAUUGGAACAUCAACUUCACGCCAUUGAAGAAGAUCCAGGCUGGUUUCAUCUGUGCCAUGCUUUCGAUGGUCGUCGCAGCUGUCAUCCAACACUUCAUCUACCAGAAGUCACCUUGUGGAAAGUACCCCACAGAUUGCGAUCAGCCCCCGGAUCUUUCUGUGUGGACUCAGGUUCCGGCCUAUGUGCUCAUCGCCUUCUCUGAGAUUUUUGCUUCCAUCACUGGAUUGGAGUAUGCCUACACGAAAGCCCCAAAGAACAUGCGCUCCUUGGUAACAGGCAUGUUUUGGUUCACACAUGCUUUCUCUUCGGCCAUUGCUCAGGCUUUUGUUCCCUUGGCCGGAGAUCCACUACUGGUGUGGCUGUAUGUGAGCAUUGCAAUUCUCACCUUCUUUGGCUGGAUCGGUUUCGCAUGGACCUUUAGGUCCCUGGACAAAGAGAACGAUCAGCUCGACAAACUUCCGGAGGGUGGCUUUCAGUCUAACGCUGAGUACACUGCGGCGAAGACCGAGAGUGUUGAGAGAGCCUGA